AUGGUUGACCACCCCGGCCUGAAUUCUGGUUUCCAAAGUUUACGCCAAGAAGAGGCAAAACUGAUACCAAAAAAGAAAAUGUCGGGAAACGGGGAUGAUGAGUUGUCUCCAUCUCUUUUGCCAUGCGAAUGGGUUCGUGGCAAAAUGAUCGGAUCAGGCUCAUUCGGGGUUGUUCAUUUGGCCAUCAACAAAUCAAGCGGCUCACUUUUCGUGGUGAAGUCAUCCGAAUCUCAAGAGGGGGAUCAGUCUCUUGAGAACGAAGCUAGCGUUCUCACGAGCCUGGAUUCCCCUCACAUUGUACAAUGCCUUGGAAAAGACGUUUCCUUCGGCGAAAACGGUCACACAAAAACAAAUCUUUUCAUUGAAUACAUGGCAGCCGGAAGUCUCGGUGAUGUCGCCGAGAAACUCGGUGGAAAAUUAGACGAGGGAGUCAUCCGUGUCUACACCCGGGAAAUCCUCAAAGGAUUGAAGUAUCUCCACGAUAGUGGAAUCGUCCAUGGUGAUGUUAAAUGCCAAAAUGUGCUUUUGGGUCCAUGUGGGACCGUAAAGUUAGCUGAUUUCGGCUGCGCCCGACGGUUACCUUCAGGCACAGGCACCACUGGAGCCAUCAAUCGGAAGUUCCUUUGCGGAACUCCGUUGUGGAUGGCUCCAGAAGUCCUAAGGAACGAAGGGCUAGAUUUCUCUGCAGAUAUCUGGUCUUUAGGGUGCACCGUUAUUGAAAUGGCAACGGGGCGGACCCCAUGGGGCGAGCUUGGGGCGUCGAAUCAAAUGGCGGCGAUUUUGAAGAUUGCUUCAAGCAACGAGUUGCCUUCAUUUCCUCGGGAUUUUUCGAAAGCCGGUUUGGAUUUUCUCAACAAGUGUUUGGUGAGGAAGGCUGAAAAGAGAUCUACCGUUGAUGAGCUUCUAAAUCAUCCAUUCAUCAAGGGCGAAAUGGUAAUUAAAAAACAUGAAAUGUAUUCGCCGUUGAGUGUUUUGGAUAUGGGUGAUGACGGGUAUGGUUCGGAUGAGUCUGUGGAGAUGAAAGUUAGGAGUAAAAUACCAUUUUCAGUUCGCCGUUAUGAGAAGAGAAAGUCGACACAAAGGCAAUGUACAGAAAAUGAGAUGGUGUCACAGGAAAAUUGGGUCACAGUUAGGACCUAA